AGUGUCAGUAAUGUCAGUAUCCUUUUUGUAAUCUCGAUCUGUGGUUGUUAGUACAAGUAUAAGUGUGGAUAAAAGUGUUAUUAUUAUAGAUAAAAGUAAAAUAUUAUAUUUAUUUCUCUAUGGUAAUAUGUACAUACAAUACCUAUAUACAUAUAAAUAUUUGUAAUCUUUAGAGAUUAGUCUCUUGUAUAGCGUAUAGCUUCAAAUGGUUUAUAUUUGCACAAUAUUGUAUGUUCUGUGAUUGUAUCUAAACAUUUAUAAGGAUUAUUGAAUUAUAUAUAAUUUUCAAAUAAAUCUGAUGUGCAGCAUUUAAAUAUAAACAAUAAGUAUUAAAUAAGUGUGUUAAAACAUUAAAAUUAUUGUUCAUAAAUAAUUAAGAGCAGUUCCCAUUUCAAACCACUUUUGACUUAAUAAUGCCUGGGUGGUAUUAUGAUAAAAAAGAAUUGAGAAAUACGCCUUCUGCACAAGAUGGAAUUGAUUACAAAACUGAAAUGCGUUAUCGAAAAGAGGGGGCUAGAUUGAUCAUAGAUAUAGGGUCUAAAAUCAAUCUAGGUUACAAUACUAUGGCUACAGGCGUUGUAUACUAUCAUAGAUUUUAUAUGUUUCACUCAUUCAAACAGUUUCCUAGAUAUGUGACCGCAUGUUGCUGUUUAUUCUUGGCAGGAAAAGUAGAAGAAACUCCAAAGAAGUGCAAAGAUAUAAUUAAAAUUGCUAGGAGUUUACUAACAGAUCAAAAAUUUGCUACGUUUGGUGAAGAUCCAAAGGAAGAAGUUAUGACUUUAGAAAGAAUUUUACUGCAGACUAUUAAAUUUGAUUUACAAGUAGAGCAUCCUUAUCAAUAUUUAUUGAAAUAUGCAAAAUGUCUGAAGGGAGAUAACGUGAAACUGCAGAAAAUGGUACAAAUGGCAUGGACUUUUGUAAAUGAUAGCAUUUGUACCACACUAGCUCUUCAAUGGGAGCCAGAAAUUAUAGCUGUGGCGUUAAUGUAUCUAGCAGGAAAAUUGAGUAGAUUUGAGGUUGUGGAUUGGAUUGGAAGAACUUCGAAGCAUAUCCGUUGGUGGGAUUUGUUUGUUGAAGAUGUUACAAUGGAGUUGUUGGAAGAUGUUUGCCAUCAGGUGCUUGAUCUCUACUCUCAGAUGGACACAAACAAUGCUCCAGAUAGCCCACCAUUGCAGCCCCAAAUGUCAGUAACACAAGUAACUCCAGUGAGUGUACGAAGAACCUCCAAUGGCAACGAAAAAAUUGUAUCGCCAGAUCAACCUCCACCCGUUAAUAUCAAAAUUCCUCCACCAUCUUCCGAUGUGCCCCCAUUUCCUUAUCAGACCUUCACGGGAGCACCCCCUUCCAUUGCAAGUUAUGCAGCAGCUUUCCCUACUUCAAUGAGCGCACCUCCGGGUAUAUCAGCCCCGCCACAUAUGGCUGGUCCACCACCGGGACCUCCUCCACAUAUAACUGCACCUCCUCCAACCGUUUUUCCUCCUUAUGUUAAUCAUCCCCCUCCCUUUACAACUGUCAUACCGCCAGGGGGACCACCAUUUUUCUCUACAAAUGCUCCACCACCAAGUCAGCCUCAUAGGCCUUUUUAUCCUCCUCCAACAUAGACAUAAUUAUGUUAAAUAUUGUUUGUGUUACAUUAAGAUUAAUUUGUAAACUAAUUUGUGAUUUUUGCAAUAAAGAUUAUGAUAAAUCAUU